UGUGGGGUGGGAGGGGUAUGGUUCAAGCAAUGAUGAAUGGGCAUGGUGCAUUAUUAAGGGUUAAACGUUGAUAAUUAUCUAGAAAUUGGUUGAAUUUAGCCCUACCUCACGCUAGGCAAUAGUUACGCCUGAGUUGAAGUACCAGAUUUAGGUUAGGCUUAUACCAGUGUUGAGCGUGGUAGUAUUAACAUGAGAUCUGAGUAAUACUUUGUCAUGUGGAGCUGCCAUGACAUCAUUGCUUAUAUCGAACUUACCUUUGGCCGUAACGGAAGAGGAAAGCAGGGAUCUUUUGAGUAAUUUUGGUGCAGAAGAAGUGAAAGUGUUCAAGAGGUUCCGGAGAAAAAAAGCAAUCUUUGCUAGAUUUCAGUCCACAUCUGAUGCCCAGCAUGCUCUGCAGCAGCUUCACCAGGCGGACCUGGGUGGUUCUAGGCUUGUUGUCGAGUAUGCAGAUAGCACAUUGCAGAUAGGAUGCAGCUGGCAAAGUGAAGACCAAUCUGCACCUAUCAAGCACCAGUUGACAAGUACUGUGGACCAGUUGGCUGUCUUCCCAUUCCCAUGCCCGACCCUGCACUACGCCUACCCACCGCCGACGGCCGACACGCUGGCGCGAAUAAGCAGCGCCCUGCUCUCCAGGCCGCGCUUCUACACACAGGUGCUGCACCUGAUGAACAAGAUGUCGCUGCCGGCGCCAUUCGCUGCGGCCAGCCCGGCAGCGACGCCGGCCGCCGCGCCGCAGCCGCCAUUGGCGGCACGUCACGACGUGGCAGUGCAGACGGAGCCGAUCGACUCUAGCUUUGACUCAGCCGAGUCGGAGCUGGUGAGCGACAACUCGGACGCGGCCCCAGAGAGGCGGCCCAAGCGGCGUCGGCUGGCGCGGCUGCCGGCCGCCGCCGCCGCCGCUGUGCCACUGUCGGAAGUGUUCGAGGCGGCGAGCAUAGUGACGCCGGCGCGGCGUCCUGUGCUCCGGCUGCCAGCCGAGCGGCCGCCGCUGCCGCCCGCCAACGGUACACCGCCCGCUGUCCAGGUCGGGUUUGCCAAGCUGUACCCCAGCCGGGCGGAGCCGGGCACGGCCGAGGCAGUGGCGACCGAGCCGAGGCCGGAGUUGGAGUUCAUCAGCGACCGGCAGCUGGCGGAGAACAGGAUCAGCGCGGAAGACAUGAAAGUGUUGCCGGUGUUCUCUCGGUACACUCCUGGUGACGAGUCAGCCCGUCUCUAUAUCAAGAACCUGGACAAGCGAGUGGCCGCGGGGGACCUUCGACAUGUGUUUGGCCGAUAUCUGGACUGGACGGACGAACACCACAAGAACGCAUUCGACAUCCGGUUGAUGCAGGAGGGUCGCAUGAAGGGUCAGGCAUUCGUGAGCCUGCCGUCGCCCAAGGUGGCCCGCCUUGCGCUCGCCGAGACCAACGGUUUCAUCCUCAAAGACAAGCCGAUGGUGGUGCAGUUCGCCCGGUCGGCCAGGUCGCAGCAGGUCGGCAGCUGAUGGUGACCCGCCGUGCGUCCGGCAUGCACGUGUGGCCUGCCUUGUUGGUACGAGAUGAGCUGUGAUUCGUAGAGGAGGCUCCGUUCUGCGGGGCCCUGCAGCGCUGGCGACCGGCUGACUCCCGUACGUGUGGAUAUGUGUUGCCACACAUGUGUACUGGUGUGUGUCAUCGCCCCAGUCAUUCAUCAUUGCACGGGCUGUCACUCAUGUCAUAAACGAACUACCCAUGCGA